AUGACAAGCCGGAGCAGGGCUUGCACAAGUUCUGAAAUUAGAAUAGAGGGACUUGAUGAAGUGGAUACUUAUAAGGACAAGCACCCGUUCGCGGAUCCCGGAAAUCACUCGAGCGACCAUUUUAAGCGCAAGAUGAGUCCCAUGAGGUUCAAAAUGCGCAAUUACCUUGCCAGGUAUACGGAGAAUCAGUCUGAAUUACUUUUCAAAUGGCAGUCGAGGUUUCGGUGCUCGAUGCUGGAUAAAUAUUUUGCCUACACCUCUUUGAUGGGCUCUCAUAUGUUUUACGUUGUGAUGGUCCCGAUGCCGCGCUGGAUUGGAUGCAGCGAUGCUUGCAGAGACUUGGUCUAUAUUUUGGGUUACUCAAUCUACGUUAGCGGGUUUCUCAAAGAUUACUGGUGUUUGCCUCGACCAAAAUCUCCGCCACUAACUAGAGUGACGCUAAGUGGAUACACUACCAAAGAAUACGGAGCGCCAAGCUCCCAUACAGCAAAUGCCACCGGUGUAACAAUGCUUUUCCUAUGGUAUAUUUAUCUCUCCGAGACGAUGCCUUUGGCUUGGAAGUCGGUAGCAGUGGCUGGCGCUUUUUUUUACUAUUUCACGCUUACUCUGGGCAGAAUCUACUGCGGUAUGCAUGGAAUCCUCGACAUUGUGACAGGCGCGCUGAUAGGGUCCUUUUGCUUCAUUGCUAGAUGGGCAGUUUUGUCGUUCACAGAUUUUGACAAGGCAAGCAUGCAGGAAUGGGGAAUUUGGUUCCCGAUACUUUCAAUCGCUUUCGGGCUAAUGCUUUUGUUCAAACACGUAGGACCUGUAGAUCACUGCCCUUGUUUUGACGAUAGUGUGGCAUUCGUCGGAGUGAUAUGUGGGAUUGAAAGUAGCGACUGGCUCAGCUGGACUGUGUGGGGCGCCGAAAACUACAAAGUGUAUUACAGUUGGGAAGAGUUCGGGCUUUUGCUGACUUUAAGACGGAUAGUUGUUGGUGUCGUAUUGGUGUUAGUGUGGAAAAACUUGAUCGGCAAGAGGUUGAUAUACUCAAUCUUACAUCUAAUUUUGGAUGACGACAGACACUUAUACGUUCAUAAACAUGAUAAAACUUCAUCAAGAGAAGUGCCACUGUUCUCGGGCCGUUCUAAAUCAGAUCUGCUUGGUAGGUUCAUUCUUUAUGCGGGUGUUGCUGCCGUUGUUGUUCUAAUUUGUCCCACUGCAUUCCGUAUUUUGGGUGUUUAA